AUGGGUCCCUGUACGGCCUCCCAUUGCUGCUGUCUCCAUCGCCACACUCUGCCAUGUGCCACUUUCAGGUCUCCUCACACUGCUGGUGGGUUCCAUUUUGUCAUAGGGUUGCUGUAUGGCUCCCAUUGCUGCUGCCUCCACCGCCACACUGUGGCUCCAAACACUGGUUUUGGCCCCGUGACUGCCAAAUGUGUGAAGUGUGCGGUGAUUCUAAGAUCGACGGCACUCAUCUGCAUGUCAUACUGACUGACAGUAUUAUUUCUCUUCCCCAGCAGACUCCAAGGGCAUUUAAAUUAAAGGUAGUGUUCUGCACUAAUAUU